AGCUGUUGGAUAAGCUAGGCGGAAAAGCAUACCGGGCGCCUGGCACACGUGUGACGUUCCUCGGGUGGUUGACGGAAACAGGAAUAUUGGAAUUUCGUCAACGAAGUAGUAAUGGCCAGAAAGACGGGCAGUGUGAACGAGAUGUGCGCUAGAUUCGAAGCAGAGCAGACACCAGGCGGUCCGCCUGUGUUAAACAUCAGACCACCGAUCGCACCACGACCGCCGAUACCUAAGAAACCUAACCUCGACGGAGUACCGUCGACGCAGGGUGGCGCCACUAACGCGCCCCCUCCGGUGCAAAGCAGGGAACGGAGUCAGUCUGAACGUGCAUCCGUGCCGAGCGAGUUAACGAUGGCCGACGCGCUGGACAAAAACCGCGCCGCGAUACGCUCCGUCGUCGCGGGAAUGAGAGAUAGAGCAGCGACAACAGGCGAAUACUCGACUGAACGCGUCGAACAGGGCCGUACCGCGGCGGCCAACGGCGGCGCACGCGCGCAAGAGCUGUCGCCGACCACAGCCGUCGACGUCCGAUCUUUGCCGAAAGUGCUUCCAUCGCUGGAGAGCGGGAGAAAGAGUUACCGUCCGGCGGUAUUGGCGCCUAGUCCCGGAUCUCCGCCAAGGAAGCCUAAACGUCCAGCGAAUGUCGACCUCACGCCGUAUGAAAGUCGUGAGUUCACCUAG